AUGAGCGGCGGUUGGAAUACAAUUGAGUCUGACGCAGGCGUCUUUACGUCCCUUAUAGAAAAUCUAGGGGUCAAAGAUGUCCAGUUCGAAGAGCUCCUCACGCUCGACCCCUCCGAGCUGCUGACCCUCCAGCCCCUCUACGGCGUCAUCUUCCUCUUCAAGUUCCCAACCGACCGGCCCUACGCCACGGCCGACGGCCCGCUCGACGGCACCUUCGACCACGAUGCCUCGGAGCGCAUCUUCUUCGCCGCGCAGACCAUCCAAAACGCCUGCGCCACACAGGCCCUGCUCAGUGUGCUCAUGAACAAGACGGCCGACGGCGAGGUCGACAUUGGCGCGCAGAUGAAGGACUUCCGCGACUUUACAAUGGUCCUGCCGCCCGAGUUUCGCGGCGAGGCCCUUAGCAACUCGGACCUCAUCCGCGAGGUGCACAACAGCUUCGCGCGCAGCAGCCCCUUUGCCGACGAGACGCAGCGCACGGGCGAGCCCUCCGAGGACGUCUUCCACUUCAUCGCCUACACCCCCGUCGACGGCGUGCUGUACGAGCUAGACGGCCUGCAGCCCGCGCCCAUAUCGCAUGGGCCCUGCGCCACCGAGGAUUUCCCCCUGAAAGUGGUGGACGUGCUGCAGCGCCGCAUUGCCCGCUACGACGUGACCGAGAUCCGCUUCAACCUGCUGGCUAUGUGCCGCGACCUACGGAUCCGCGCGCGCGAGUUUGGCGACGAGGAGCUGCUGGAGCGGGAGGAGCGCAAGCGCAAAGACUGGCUGUUUGAGAAUGCGCUGAGGAGGCACAACUUUGUGGGCUUUGCGGGCGAGGUGGUGAAGAAGGUGGUAGAGAGUAAACUUGAUGCGGGGGGCGAUGAAGCAGUGCAGAAGUGGGUGAGCGACAGCCUGGAGAGGAAAAAAGCGGCGGAGAGGGCUAUGGGUGGGAGGGGAGGUGGUGAUGUAGAUAUGAGUGGGUGA